AUGUCCACCGAUGUAAUAAUCGAAGCGGGUGAAGAGCCUAAUUUGAAAAGGUUUAUGGCGCAUAAAAAUAUUCUUCAAGAAGGAUCUUCAUUUUUUAAAUGUGCUUUGUCUUCAACUUGGGCCAAAAUUGAAAAUGGUAAAAUUGUCAUAAAAAAGUCUAAUAUUACACCAAAUGUGUUUCUUAUUAUAUUAGACUAUAUUUAUAGUAAAAGCGUUAUUUGGGAUCAAUACGAUUCAAAAGAUAUCUUAGAUUUCUUAAUUUCUGCUGAUGAGUUAUUAUUUAUAAAUGAAGUUGGCGAUAAAGGUCAACAUUAUCUUAUCAAGAAAAGAUGCAAAUGGAUAGAACAGAAUUUAGGUUUGGUAACAUUUACUAGUUUUAAAUAUGAUGAUGUACUUAUAAAACUUAAAGAGUAUGACUAUCGUAAUUCAGAUGACUAUCAUAAUUCAGAUAACUAUCGUAAUUCAGCUGACAGCUUUAUAUUCUCCUUUGCGGAUGAAUCUCCUAUUAAUGCCCAAUUUAGUUCAGUGCUACCUAGGCAAAAAGCAAUUAGAAACUAUUCAGAUUAUGGACCAUGUUUUGGAGAAACCGAUAUAUUUAUGAUUCACGAUUUUAGAGUAUUAGGAAAUUGUACUUCUAAGCCUUGGAGUUACGAAAAGAUUUUUAAUCUUUAUAACGGACAUAAAAGUAAAUCACCUAAAAGAUUUUCGAUUGUUGAAUAUGAAGUUUUUCAAGUUAAAUUUAAAAGAAAUAAUCAAAAUAGUGUUGCAGAGCAAAAGCCUGCAAAUGAUCAUAAUUAUUUAUUAAAUACUGUUAUUGGUCUUCGCUCUGCAACACUCAUGUAA